GAGGUGCAUAGGUGUGCACCGGUGUCGGCUGUCGAGUCGCAAACGUCGCGUCGCAUCGCGUCGGUUGCGUCGCAUCGCGGGACCACAGAGAGUGGGACGACACUCUGGCGCAGGGCCAGUAGGAUCCACUGAUAUAAAGAUCACUGGUCACGCGGCGCAGGAAGCUAUCGUGCAUCGUCGUCCAAGUGUAGUGGAUGCAUCUCGCGACACGUACAACUCGCAGCAGCAGAGUGUGUUAUGGGAGAAGGGAUAUAUGCCGAAGCGAGUCUUCAUCAUUGAGAUCUCUUCCGCGCGUACACUUGUCGAUACAUGUGCCUAAACCAGCCAGUUAUCGUUUCGGAGCGCAUCGAGGGAGAUUCUAGCCGAGGACGCCGAUAUACGGCAUUGUAGACGAUCAUGACGCGUCUGAUAUUUCCACGGAGGCUGCCACUAGCUCUAAUACUGAUAGCGGCAUGCGCGGCGAUAACGGAAUCGUCGACAAGUAGGGAGAGGAGACAUGUUGGUAUCGAAGAAUCUAGUCAUGGAUCGGUCAAAGACGCAUCAAGCGAUCGGAGUACGAGAUUAUCGAGCAGCACGACGAACGAGAUUACCGCGGAACCCGGAAGGAAAGUGUCUCACCGUCUGAUUGGGGGUCAUCUAAGAACCGAUACGAAACACGGUGACGGCGGCGAAUCACUAUGGGACGAUGGAAUUCUCAUGUCGGCGGCCGGCAACGGCAAGGAGGGGAAAAACACUCGCGGCAACAGCGGCGAUGACGAGGACGAGAAAAAAACGCUCUCCCAACAGGUCAAGGAGGGCAAGUACGGCCUCAUACAGAACGAGAUUUACAGCAAUCGGCCGAAACGGCCCGGCAUCAUUAGCUACCUCGGCAAUCCUGAAGUGCCGAAAGAUACGAUCGACAACCUAGGUGGUCUCGACGAAGAGGAGAUCUGGCUGGCUGAGAAUCACGUGCUAGUGUUGAGAGGCGGGAAAUUUCCUGAACAUGAACAAGACGGUCAACAAAACGGUGAUAGCACGCAGUCGAAGUGGCCGCCUAUCGAUGAUUACAAGGCGCCCAAACGGCAGGUCAAAAUACCAACGCGGCCCAAGGUACCGCCGCCCUUUCCGGUACAACUCGCGGAUGGAGAACCAGUACAGAUCAUCAGGCCGAACGGCACCGCGGAGGAGAUUAGCAACGGCACCCUCGAUUACAGCACCGAUCCUCUCUACACGAAGGGAUUAUUACCGGGAGAAGGCCCGUUCUUUGCUAUCACUGCGAAUGGAACAAUAUUCACCCCGGAUUUCGGGCCCCCGCAAAACUUCUCCAUUGAGGAGAAGUCGAUUAGAGGUAAAAAUGACCAGGGAAUAAAAUCCGAGGAACCUGAACCGCCGUACUAUCACACUCUACCGCCUGGAGCGGUCUUUGUGGCACCGCCAGGUAAUCAGUCGGAUUACGACGAGGAAGAUCAGUCCAUUUAUUAUCCGCCGCCAUAUAGCUUCUAUUAUCCACAAGAUAAUACGACAGCUGUACCGCCAGGACCGCUAGUACCCGGCAUUAUAUUGCCGCCACCACCUGACUUCUUUUCCGCUCUAGAUGACAAGAAGACGACUACGAAGAAGUACACGAAGCGGCCGACGACCACAACUUCGCCGAGACCAACCUAUUUGCCACCGAGAAAGUUCACAACUAAACAAUAUAAAGCUUCGUCCAUAUUACCAACCUCGAUAACCAAGACAACUUCUUCUUCAUCGAUAACCACAAAGGUGUCUUUCGGUCGUGUAAAGAAUAGGAAUGUAUCGGACACUUUUACACCUAAACAAAAAACCACAUCUAAUGCAAAAGUUACAACAGGAGCUGGGAAGCCGCACACUCUCGAAAACACCGAGAUAUACACCAUCAAUUCUGUAAACGGAAAUCAAGUAUCUGAAGCGACGACCCAGCAGAAAGAUUGGUCCACUUUAGUAACCAGCAAGACAGUGCCGGUUCUCGCGUAUUAUCCUUCGACCACGCAGUCGUCACUAAAAUUGGAUCGACCAGUGGAAGUGACUCCGGCUUCUAUAAAGAGCAUUAUCACUACUAGUCAACCCGGUCGAUCUCGUAAUCAUGCGUCCUAUUAUUUCUACGAGGAAUCUGACGAAAAUUCUGCAAGAUCAUCGCCUAUUUAUUACGAGACUACUACUAUAAAAUCGCCAUACUAUGACACGGAGACGUCACGACCUCGACAGACUGAGCAAAAGAAGCAUUAUUACACCGUUGAGGCGAUCACGGCGGACGAGACCCCGAAAGAUUACAAAACGAAACUCAUCGGUAACAUCGUGAAGAAUUCGCACACGUUCCAAUAUACUGACAGUUCAGAAGUCACGUCUUCGAAAUUCGAUGCCAACUCGCCGCGGGAUCAGAGCCAACAUAUGUUAGCCGACGAAGCGCCUGUAUAUUAUCAACCCGUAUCUGCACGUCCGCUGCAAACGUACUACACGACUCCGAAGCCUCAAACGUAUUAUCGUCAAAGCAUGAAGUCUAAGCCCAUCUAUCAAUAUAGUUUCCAAGUGGCGGAUUAUUCGAAACGCGGUGGCAAUCAGAGAGCACCGUACCAUAGUAGAGAAGAACAGAACGCAUACAACAAGUAUCAGAACAUCAAGUCGAAUCAAGAGUAUGAUUACGAAAAUAUUGAUUUGCCAUCACGACCACAGCAGAAACGCAUACCAUAUAAAAUACAACAUCCAGUCUAUUCUACGAGUACCGCUUAUCCGAUCGUAGACACGACGUCCAAUCCGCAACACGCGUAUUUUACGUCGCAGGACGAGAAAUUGUUGGAUGAUGUUACGAAAGAAUAUUUUACGAUCUUUGGCAAGAAAUUAUCGGCCGAAGUACCGAAUACGACUCCGAUCUAUGGAAAGUCGAGCAGUAUCACGGAGAAACCAGGCCACAACGCUUAUGUGUCAAACGUUUAUAAGACUGAUCGACCAGUGACUUAUAAAGCGCCCAAUGUCAAAGUUCACUAUGGAGAUCAGUCGCAGCGACCUUACUCUCUCAAAGACGAUAUCCUCGUGAAUUAUCGAAGGCCCUUGCCACCGAUAAAUUCGGACAGUGAGUUUAUUGAGAUAAUCGAGCCUAAACAUCAACCGAAACAGUCGUCGCCGUUAGCGAACUACGAAUUGCAAACGGAUAACUACCGAUUGCAAAAUCAAGGAGGGCAACAGCACGGACCGACCUCUCGUUACAGAGUGCAAAAUACAAUACAGCCGACCAAUGGAAAUACCAACAAUUUUGUGCCUCUCUCCGAGUCCCGGGAGGAGUUAGAAGACAUUCAGGAGCCCGUGUCGUUGCUGGACGACAUAGAGGUCAACUAUAGGAAUCCACGCCCGCCUAUAAAUCCCGAUGCUGAAUUCAUCGAUCCUGUUUCGCUGCAGGACAAUCAUUCGGACGAUCCGAACACGUACUUCGCGUACCGAUUACCCGGCGAUGUUGGUCACUUUUACUUCCUGACACCGCGGGCGAUCACGCAACGGCAAGAUCAAAACAAUGGAUACGUAUAUCCAAAGCCAAGAGGACGGAGAUUAUUGAAACGAAGACGGCGCCAAGCUAACGUCUGAGUGCGCAUUUCUUCGUGCGUUUUCAACGGCAAUCGCAUUGAUGCCAUAAUCUCGCGGAUGUCCAAUGCGAUGUUAUCAUCGCACGUGUAUUAACAUAUUUAUUAUAUCUGUAAAUACGAAUUGUGACUAAGUUAGAUAAUUAUAGUUACGCUGUUUUACGAAAAA